AUGACGCCCACCCAGGACGACUACGCCGUGUUCGCUCCUUCCGCGUCGAGCUCCGACUUGUCCCCUCCUCCUUCCCCUCGCGCCCGCUCCACCUCGACCUCGACUUCGACCUCGCGCACCACAGCGGGCAGCCCUAGCACCUUCUACUCGACCUUUACCGCCGCCACCGCCCCCUCGCCCGCCUCCACGUCCUCGCACGCGCCCGAACCCGCCUCCCGCAAGGGCCGCUGGACCCCCUCGGAGCACGCCGAGGUCCUCCUCACCGGCGACGCCGCGCCGCCCGGCGCGUCGUGGGACGUCCUGCGCCGCCGCAUGACGGGCGACGCGCGGCUCCGGUCGGCGCCGGCACUGCGGGCGAGGUACCUGCAGCUCGUGCGGGAGAGGAGGGACAGGGAGGAGGAGGGUGCGGGUGCGGGUGCGGGUGCGGGUGCGGGAGAGGGGGACGUGCCGGACCUCAAGGUUGAGGAGGAGGGGGACGGCGAGGACUGGAGGGUGCCUGAGGGAGGGGCAGCGGCGCGCGAGCUGUCGUGGUCGCCGCCGGGGACGCAGAGCACGUCGGGCGACGUGUCGCCGCCGUCGAGGGACGGCCACAAGGUGCACCCUGCAGUCGUCGCGCUCCCCAAGCCGUCCCUCUUCCGCCCGCCCUCGCCUCCCAACCCCUCAUCCAUCUCGCCCUCGGCCCUGUCCUUCCCUCCCGCACCGUCUCCCGCUUCAGCGCCGCUCGCCGACCCGCACGGCGCGGCGCCCUGGUCGAUCGACGAGGACACGGCCCUCCUGACGGCCAUGGCGACGCCGCAGCUCGGCGCCCAGACGUGGGCCGGCAUGCACGCGCUCGCGGCCCGCAUCUACCGCCUCGGGCCGGGCGAGGGCAGGGAGUGGACGAGGAGCGAGAGGGAGGUGCAGAGGAGGUGGGACGGGGUGCUGAGGGAUGGACAGUUUGCGCCGGCGCGCUGGCCCGACGCACUCGUUCCUCCCCUCGUCGCCAUCCACGCCCUCCUCACCAACACGCUCCAGGCCCAGCUCGACGCGAGCGACCCGCGCCUCGCCGCCUCCCUGCGCGCCGCGACCCUGCCUCGUCCUCUGCCGGCGCACCCGCAGUCGCCCUCGCCCGCCGCCACCGCCACCGCCACCGCCACGGCGCCCAAGCCGAUGCCGCUCGGUUCGCCCAUCCGCGUCAAGCUUCCCGCCGUCGCCGCCCCGCAGCACUCGCCCUCGGCGCCCUCGCCCUCACCCUCGACCUCGACCUCGUCGGCGACACGCACUCACGCCGCGCACCUCGCCCCGGCCUCGUCGUCGUCGGCCCACGCCCACCCGGCGCUCCCCCUCGCGCAGGGCGGCCGCGCCGCGCCCCCGUUCCCGGCGCGCCACUCGCCCCUGCCCGGCCCGAGCGUGCUCCCGCGCCCGCCUCAGCCGCACACGCACACGGUCAGCGUCCUGCGCGCGAGCGUGCCGCAGGUGCAGGUGCAGCGCCGCCGGUCCCUCCCGUCGUCGUCGCUGCCGCAGCCGCCGCAGCUGGCGGCGGCGACGGUGUACGACCCGCGCCCGCUCCCGCUGUCGCUCCCGCUCGGCCCUGCGUUCCACCUCGCGCCGUCGACGUCGCACUCGGCGUCCCUCACGGCCUCGCGCCCUGCUCCCUCGGCCGCGGCGCCAACCUCGAGCGCUCGAGCCCACGUCCACCUCCCGCCGAUGCGCCUCGCCCAGGGACCUGCGCCUGUACCUGCGCAGGCGGCGACGCCCGACGGCGCGUACGGCGUGCUCGACCUCGAGCGGACGGCCGGGCUCGGGCUUGGGUACGCGCAGGGAGGCGGGCUCCUCGGCGCGAGGACGGCGACGGCGGCGGCGGCGGCGGCAAGGAUGGGCCUCGGCACUGCCGCGAGCUGGAGCGGCGGUACCGGCGUGGGCGCAGGCGCCGACGAGGGCGGCGCGCAGGGGAGGAAGCGUGCGCUGAGCGUGAGCGUGAGCGCGGGUGCGGGGCCGGGUUGGUGGUGGGACGACUUGGGCGACGCGCAGGACGAGGGGUCGGCGGCCAAGAAGGCGAGGAGGGAGAGCGCGUGA